AGUUUCUUCAACCUAACCUCAAAGUUUCAUACCAGAGUAGUUCCUCAUUCAUGAAACUUAAUACGGCUGCCUCAGGGGCAGCGUUGAGGAGUUUCCUGUGUUUACUCGGGGGACUUAAAGAGAGUGGGCUGCGGAGGUGGGAAGCUUUAAAAAGGUUGGGCUUCAGUGUGUGAUCAGCAGGUGUCUAGCACAAAAUCCCGAGUGUGUGUGUGUGUGUGUGUGUGUGUGUGCGCGCGCGAGUGAGACAGUAUAUAUAGCUGAGAUUCAGCACAGAAUCGCGAGUGUGUGUGUGAAUAUACAGUAAUAUCUGGGCUCCAGUUCAGAACUCUGUGUGUGUGGCUUUGGUUGAGUUUCAGCUCAGAGUCUGCUUUCCGUCAGUGUACAGUAGAGCUCCAGCUGCUCUGCCCUGUAUAAUCGAGGGGAUCGGACUAAGCCAAACCAGUCCAGCCUGCUGUGACAUGGAGACCUUGCUGUCCUGCGUGGAACCUGUGGUGGUGGUCACCAAUGUGGCCAACUCUCUGUUUGACACGGCGAUGCUGAUGGUGGUGUACGGUCGUCUGAACGAGACCUCGCAUGGCAACAGUGAUGAGACCCAGAAGGAAGCGGCCAGGUUCUACAUGAUCUACAACAUGAUCUACUCUCUGGCCCCCUUGUUGUCCACGGUGCCCUUGGGUAAGUUGGCCGACCGGCGAGGUCAGAAGAUCCUGGUGGUGGUGCCGUUGGUCGGGUAUCUCCUGGGUAGGAGCUUGCUCCUCUUCACCGAAGUCUUUCAGCUCCCGGUCAGCGUGAUGUACGGCUCUGCCAUCAUCAACGGAUUGACGGGAGGAUUCCCGGCCUACUGGAGCGGAAUCAACGCCAUCGCUGCUCUCAGGUCGGGGACGGAGAAGCGCAGCCUGAGGCUGAACAUGCUGUCGGUCACGUCCGGGAUGGCCGGGCUGCUGGGCAGCAUCGUGUCCGGGCAUUUCUUCCUCCUGAAGGUGCAAAACCAAGACGGGCUCCUGCUGAUCAUCAUCUGCCUGUCCCUCUACACGAUCAGCCUGCUGUACUCCGCCACCAUCCUCAGAUACCCAGCCGUGCCGCCCACCAGCCCGGCUCCCGCAGAGAGGCCAAUGACCGGCCGCAGCAAAUACAGCACCGAGGUCAUCCUCCUCUUCAUCUGCUACAUCCUGUAUGACUUCAGCGUGACCGGUGGCGCCAAUGUCGUCUCGCUCUUCGUCCUGAAACCUCCUCUGAGCUGGGACUCUGUGUGGGUGGGCUACGGCAAGGCAGCGUCCUACGUGCUGUUCCUGACCAGCUUCCUGGGGGUGCUGAUCUUCUCCCGGUGGAUGAGUGACACCUCGCUGGUGCUGAUGGGCAUCAUUUCGAACACCAUCGGGUUCACCACGAUGGCUUUCGUGACGCGGACCCCAUUAUACUUUGUUGCUCGCUCUUUGAUGAUGUUCUCGUGCAUUCCGCUGCCCACCAUCAGAGCUCAGCUGUCUAAGGAAAUGGACAAAGGGAGCUACGGAUCGAUCUUUGCCUGGCUCCAGUCAAUUAUGGCUCUGACAGAUGUGAUUGCCACCGUCGUGUUCAACAAUAUCUACCCCGCCACACUGGAGUGGUACAGUGGUUUCUCCCUGCUCCUGGCUGCAGCUAUUUCCCUGAUCAGCCUCACGCCUAUCGUGGUUUAUAGCUGCAAGCAAAGCCGGGAAAGUUACAACGAGGUUCCUGGCUUGGAUUCAGCCCAGACUCUGGGAACUGUGGAAUGUCCCGAGAGGCCAGUCAAGCUCUAAACUGUGCAAACUGACAAUUGUUGACAGUACUGAGGGGGGUGGGGGGGGGGGGAGGGAAGGGAAGGGAGGGAGCGAAGCGUCAAGUUUCUGCAACCGUGUUGUUAGUGCCAUCAACAGAAAGAACGAUAAGGGAACUAGAGGCUAAAGUUCAAGGGAGGAAUGUUCCAAGACAAACAAUCGGAACCAUCACCAAUUCUCACACCGUCGUUGUCAGGAAGCGAUUGCAGCCGAUCUCAGAGGGAGAGACGGUACGACUCUCUGGGGCGGACGAAAUGCCACCGGGACGUAAAGGUGGAUAGAAUCCUGGGCGCUCACAGCACUGAGAACUACAACAACAACAAGCCCACUGAGCCCACUGAACUCCUCGCUCACGCCUGAGAGACGUCACAGAGUGUAACAGCUUGGAACGCUGUACAGAGACAGUGCUGGACACUGGUCAUGGAGGCUUAAUUAAUGGUUGAAAAGGUAGUUUUUUUUUAGGCCGUUUAUAAAGAUAGAUAGAGAAGGUGG